CGCAGAUCCAUGUACAUAUGCCAGUCAGGUCCCGCACUUCUCGACCGCAGAGGAUUCCGGGUCCGCUUCCGUUGUCGGAAGCUACCCAAGCUGGCCCGCGGCCUAUCUUGAAAAUUUUCCAACAAUCCGUCGUCACUUGUUCCCAACCCGCCAGUGCCCGCCAUUGCCCCCGGCAAAGGGUGGCGGAUGCGCAGAAGAGCGACUCCAUUCAGGGCCUCAUCGUCGAUUGUUCUGUUUGGUGAAAGAGCAAAAGAGUCACAGCCGCCCACCAACAAAUCUGGAACCCACCCUGCCGCCGGCCCCGCACAUCUCUUAUCGGCGCUCCCCACAGCGGCCGGUUUUGGGAAUUAUUUGUCUCUCUUGUCCCUCUUUCCGUCCAACUUCUCCAGUUUCUUCUCCACUGAAAUUAAAAGCGCGAAAUUCCGAAAACACGGACGGGAGACUCGAGAUUGAGUCAACUGGUCAGGAUCCGGGGUCAACAGCUACGUCGUUGUCAGGACUUGUUUGUUGAUAUACAAGACAUCGGCCCCCCGAGACCCUCACGAGGCCUUUCUUGGUCUUUCUUUAAUUUUCUUCCACAAACACCUCCCUCCAUUGGACAUAAUGCUGUCGACCGUGCACAAGGCUGGCCGAGCUCCUGCUCUCCUCCGCCAUGGUCGGCGGGUUCCCGUCCAGGCGUCCCAAUUGAGGGCUCUCACCUCCGGCGCCCAGAAUACCUCCAUCUUCCAGACACAGGCCAACGCCGCCCAGAGGCUGUCCUCCCAGAAGAGGUGGCUCUCUGCCUCCGCUGCCGCGGCUGCUGCCAGCCAGCCCGCCCCCGACGCGAAGGCUUAUAUCCAGAGCGGCGUUGUCAAGCCCCGCGACCAUGUCGACGUCAAGAAGGUGCUUGUCAUCGGCUCCGGUGGUCUUGCCAUUGGCCAGGCCGGCGAGUUUGACUACUCCGGUUCUCAGGCGCUCAAGGCCCUUAAGGAGGCCGGCGUUGCUUCCGUGUUGAUCAACCCCAACAUCGCUACCAUCCAGACCAACCAUUCCCUCGCCGAUGAGGUCUACUACCUCCCCGUCACCCCCGAGUAUGUCGAGUAUGUCAUCCAGAGGGAGAAGCCCGAUGGUAUCUUCCUGUCCUUCGGUGGUCAGACCGCUCUCAACUUGGGUGUCCAGAUGCAGAAGCUUGGCCUCUUCGAGAAGUACGGUGUCAAGGUUCUCGGUACCAGUGUCAGGACACUGGAGCUUUCUGAGGACAGAGAUCUCUUCGCCAAGGCCCUUGAGGAGAUCAACAUCCCCAUUGCCAAGUCCUUCGCUGUGAACACCGUCGACGAGGCCCUCGACGCUGCCAACAAGAUUGGCUACCCUAUCAUCGUCCGCGCUGCCUACGCCCUUGGUGGUCUCGGUUCCGGUUUCGCCAACAACGAGGAGGAGCUCCGCAACAUGGCUGCUCGCUCCCUCACCCUCUCCCCCCAGAUCUUGGUCGAGAAGUCUCUCAAGGGCUGGAAGGAAGUUGAGUACGAGGUCGUUCGUGAUGCCAACAACAACUGCAUUACUGUGUGCAAUAUGGAGAACUUCGACCCUCUCGGUAUCCACACUGGUGACUCUAUCGUUGUUGCUCCUUCCCAGACCCUCAGCGACGAGGAGUAUCACAUGCUCCGUUCCGCUGCCAUCAAGAUCGUCCGUCACUUGGGCGUCGUUGGUGAAUGCAACGUCCAGUACGCUCUUCAGCCCGAUGGCUUGGACUACCGUGUCAUUGAGGUCAACGCCCGUCUCUCCCGCUCGUCUGCCCUCGCCUCCAAGGCUACCGGCUACCCCCUGGCUUACACUGCCGCCAAGAUCGGUCUCGGCCACAGCCUUCCCGAGCUCCCCAACGCUGUCACCAAGACCACCACCGCCAACUUCGAGCCUUCUCUUGACUACAUCGUUACCAAGAUUCCCAGGUGGGAUCUGUCCAAGUUCCAGCACGUUAAGCGCGAUAUCGGCUCUGCCAUGAAGUCAGUUGGUGAAGUUAUGGCUAUCGGCCGUACCUUCGAGGAGUCUUUCCAGAAGGCUAUCCGCCAGGUUGACCCCCGCUUCGUCGGUUUCCAGGGUGACAAGUUCGAGGAUCUCGAUUUCGAGCUCCAGAACCCUACUGACCGCCGUUGGUUGGCUGUCGGUCAGGCCAUGCUCCAUGAGAACUACUCCGUUGACAGGGUCCACGAGCUCUCCAAGAUCGACAAGUGGUUCCUCUACAAGCUCCAGAACAUCGUCGACUGCCAGAAGGAGAUGCAACAGCUUGGCAGCCUCGAGGCCCUCAAGAAGGAGCACAUCCUCAAGGCCAAGAAGCUCGGUUUCUCCGAUAAGCAGAUCGCCAUGGCCGUCAACAGCACCGAGGAUCUUGUCCGCGCUGCCAGAAAGGGGUUCGGUAUUAGGCCCUGGGUUAAGAAGAUUGAUACUCUGGCCGCCGAGUUCCCUGCCGACACCAACUACCUCUACACCACUUACAACGCCUCUUCCCACGACGUCACCUUCGAGGACAAGGGUACUGUCAUUCUCGGCAGCGGUGUCUACCGUAUCGGUUCCUCGGUCGAGUUCGAUUGGUGCGCUGUCAGCGCCACUCAGGCCCUGAGGGCUAUGGGCGAGAAGACUGUCAUGAUUAACUACAACCCCGAGACCUACUCGACCGAUUUCGAUACCGCUGAUAAGCUUUACUUCGAGGAGCUUAGCUACGAGCGUGUCAUGGAUAUCUACGAGCUCGAGAGCGCCUCUGGUGUUGUCGUCUCUGUCGGUGGUCAGCUUCCUCAGAACAUUGCCCUCCGUCUCCAGGAAACUGGAAAGGCCCGCGUUCUCGGCACUGAUCCCCGCGAUAUCGACCGUGCCGAGGACAGACAAAAGUUCUCUGAGAUCCUCGACAGCAUUGGCGUUGAUCAGCCCGCCUGGAAGGAGCUCACCUCCGUCGAGGAGGCUGAGAAGUUUGCUGAGGAGGUUGGUUACCCCGUCCUUGUCCGUCCCUCGUACGUCCUCUCCGGUGCUGCCAUGACCGUCAUCCGCAGCAAGGAGGAUCUCAAGGAUAAGCUUGAGGCUGCUGCCAACGUCUCUCCCGAGCACCCCGUUGUUAUCACCAAGUUCAUUGAGGGCGCCCAAGAGAUCGAUGUUGAUGGUGUUGCCUCUGAGGGUAACCUUAUCCUCCACGCCGUCUCUGAGCACGUCGAGCAGGCUGGUGUUCACUCGGGUGAUGCCACCCUCGUCCUCCCUCCCGCCAACCUUGACCAGACCACCAUGGACCGCGUCAAGGAGAUCGCCCAGAAGGUCGCCAAGGCCUGGAGGAUCACUGGUCCCUUCAACAUGCAGAUCAUCAAGGCUGAGGAUCCCGAGGGUGGCCUUCCGGCUCUCAAGGUCAUCGAGUGCAACCUCCGUGCCUCUCGUUCGUUCCCCUUCGUCUCCAAGGUCCUUGGCGUCAACUUCAUCGACGCUGCUACCAAGGCCCUUGUUGGUAAGAACGUCCCUGAGCCCACUGAUCUCAUGGCUGUCAAGCGUGACUACCUCGCCACCAAGGUUCCCCAGUUCUCCUGGACCCGUCUUGCUGGUGCCGACCCCUUCCUCGGCGUCGAGAUGGCCUCUACCGGUGAGAUGGCCUGCUUCGGCAAGGAUCUCGUCGAUGCCUACUGGGCCUCUCUCCAGUCCGCCAUGAACUUCCGCGUUCCCGAGCCCGGCGAGGGUCUUCUUUUCGGUGGUGACCUCAGCAAGAGCUGGUUGACCACCAUUGUCGACUACCUCAGCCCUCUCGGCUACAAGCUCUACGCCGCCGAUAACGAGGUCAAGCAGUUCCUCGAGUCCUCUGCCAAGACCAAGAUCGAUGUCGAGGUCAUUGCCUUCCCUACCAAUGACAAGCGUGCCCUUCGUGAGGUCUUCGCCAAGAACAACAUCCGUGGUGUCUUCAACCUUGCCCAGGCCCGUGGCAAGACCGUCUUUGAUGUCGACUACGUUAUGCGUCGCAACGCCGUCGACUUCGGUGUUCCUCUCUUCAUGGAGCCCCAGACCGCUAUGCUUUUCGCUCAGUGCAUGGCCGAGAAGUUGCCCCGCCCCGAGGGUAUCCCCUCUGAGGUCCGCAGGUGGUCCGAGUUCAUUGGCGGCAAGCCUCUGUAGAUGACAUGAUACCAUCAUGUUUGAUUGUUUUUCUUUCUACCUUUUGGAAAAGCGUGCAAAAAAGAAAAAUCACGCAUAGGGGGUAUCAAAAGUCAUUUUCAACAACUCAUAAAAAGGGCGUUUGGUUGUGAAAGGGUCUUGGAUCUCCAUGUGGAUGUCUCUAUAAGCGGGAAGGAACUGGUGUUAUUUCUUGUUCAUUUGCUUAGGAUCUUUUCUUCUUGCUUUGCUGUUUGAUGUUGUUGAUAUGUAGUAUACAGGACGAAAUUUUCAUCCCAUCUAAUCAUUCAAUCUUCUAUGGUACCCGAACCAAGACGUGCGAUGAAUAGUACCCCAUUCGUAGUAGCCAUUUUUUUCCUAUCCUUUUCUCUCUUCAAAGCACAUACCUACAUUCUUCAUCAUCACCUUUGUUGGAAAUAUUUCAUCAAUGUAUUGUGGUGCGUGUUUUGAAUAGGAAAGAGACAUGGAUCCUCAACUGGCUUGAUUUGCAUUGCAAGAUAGGAUCAAACCACGUGUGCAAUCUCUUUAAUCAUGCUCCUCCUCUGUCAAUCCAGGGCAUCCAUCCAUCUCAGCAUCAUCAUAGUUCGCCUUACACCAGAAGCAAUAGUGAUGCUUGUUGCGCAUGUAUUGCACCAAGCGCCGUAACCGCUCGUCAGGGCUGAGAGUGUUGAACUCAUCCAGCUCCGGAUCCUCUUCAUCGAGAUCCUCCGCCAUUACAUAUGUGUUCCAUGGCCUGUGGACGGUAGUAGUAUCCUUACCCAGAGCAUGUUUGUCGUCCAUAUCAAGCUCGUCAUCGACAUACGUAGGUAGUCGCGUGGACGACAGAGUGCUACUCUGCUCCAGGUCAUGCCGCAUCAUAGCCUCGCGCCUGGCCUCUUCGCGCGAGCGGAUGAGACCGCGGUAGACAACAGGAAUAGAGCGAAGAGGCCGGCAAGAGUCGGUACGAGUCCUCCUCCUCCUUGAUUGAGAAUUGCCGCCGUCGGUAUCAUCCCGUUCCUCACUUUUCUGCACUUCCCCCUCACCACUGCCCUUUUCACCACCACCACCUCUCGCCUCAUUCUCAUGAUCCUCAUCCAUCCCCUCCGCCACCUUCUGCGCAGCAAGUACCUGUCUCUCCAGCCUCGCCUCCUCCCUCUCCCUCCUCAGACGCUCGCGAUACCCUUCUUCAUCCACCCUGGCUUUCUUGGCCAUUUCCCCGGCCGCCUCGGCAGCCUCCCUCAUCUUGCGUUUCCGGUCGCUCUCCAGCCCGAUGCCCUCGCGCCCAUCUUUGAUGCUGAUUUUGAU